UCAUUGUUCAGAAUCGGUGAAAAUGGCGUCCGACCCAACCAGCGACAUAACCGACAAGUUUCUCGUCUGUCAGGUCUGUUUAGAGGACUUCAAGCAGCCAAAGAUGCUGCCGUGUCUUCACACCUUCUGCCAGCCGUGUUUGGAGAGGCUUCUGGCCACAGAGCCGGUAGGGAAACUGGACUGUCCAACAUGUCAACAGGACGUGCCACUGCCCAAAAAUGGCGUCCGGGUUCUUAAGUCUAACCUCCUCGUUGGCAAACUGUGCGAGAUUCUACAACAACAGCCGCAACAACAGCAGAGAGGACAAACAUCCGAAGCGCGGGAGGAAGGAGUCUCCUGUACGACCUGUGAUAUCGGCAACUCGGCUCAGUUCUACUGUGUGGAGUGUACCGACUACCUGUGUCGGAAAUGUAACGACACCCACUGUCGGUUCAAAGUAACAACGUCCCACAAAGUUGUAGCAAUUCAAGACCUGCUAUCUGGCAAGGCUGUCGCCGAGCUCCGGGCGAGGGAGACAUCCAGGUGUGAGGAUCACCAUGAACUGAACAAGUUCUACUGUGACACCUGUCACCGGGUCAUCUGUCUGCACUGUGUGGUCACUGCGCACAAAGAUCACCAGUAUGUGGAGAUAGAAAAAGCAGCCGAGAGGGAGAGAGCAAUGAUCAAGGCAAAACUGACGACCGUCAGGAACGCAGAAGACCUGCAUGAAAAGUGGAUACAACAGUUGCAGUUAGAGUGGUCUUCAGAAGUACAGCGGACAGAAGAACAGAUCAGAAAACAAGUAAAGUUGAUCAUCAAGGCCGCAAAGAAGGCGGGAAACGACACAAUUUUUCAGCUUCACACCAUGAAUGCUGCCCGGAAGAAACAGAUGGAAAUAGCCAUGGAGGCAGCUGAGAUGGACCUGGCCUCAGCCAGGAGCUGUGUCCAGUUCACGGACAACAUGUUGGAUUUCGGGAGCCCGGCGGAGGUCAUGUCGGUGGCCGGAGAACUGACCGGAUGGUUAGACCAAACCGCGGAGGAUAAAAACACUAUGGAGGCUGAGCUGACGAAAAACUUUGUGACCAUAACAUUUGACCCACCAGCUGGUAAAGUGGAGCAAAGGGUGGCAAAACUUGUAGGUGGGAUAAACCAGGUGAGAACACCUUUGCAAUCACCUCUAAUCACGCAGGUGCGACCGAACGUGGUGAUCGGGAAUGGCGGCACAAGACUAGAACACGUCAAAACUAUUGGGAAGGGGGGCAGUGGAGAUGGACAGUUUCUCUAUCCAACCUCGCUUGCCGUCACUGCAGAGGGAGACAUUGUAGUGACUGAUCGUGACAAAGACAAAUCUCGCCUGCAAUUUCUGCUCAAAGAUGGCUCCUUUAAGAAGAAGGUCGAUCUUGGAUUCCAACCGUGGUGUGUAGCUACACAGACAAACGGUGAGCUGUUGGUGACAGGGGACGGACACAGGAUCCAUGUACUGGACAAAGAGGGGAGUGAGUCACGUGUCAUCCAGGUGACAGAGGCUGCAAAGACAGGUGAUGCUACAUUCGGGGUCGCUGUUGACGGUUUGGGACGCAUCAUCGUCACUAUCGGGCACCGAGUUUUCGCAAUCAGUCCCAGCGGUGACGUUUUGUGUAAGUUCGGGGGCGAAGGUCAAGGCCAGCAUCAGCUGGGUUCCGUCCUCCGUUUGGCUAUCAACAGCAGGAACCAAAUCAUCAUCAGUGACUAUGACAACCACAACGUGAAGAUAUUUGACCCCACCGGUCGUCAACUCUUCACGUGCGGGUCCCGUGGCUCGGGACCUCGUCAGCUGCACGGCAAACGCGAUCAGCACUGGCCCCACUGUGUCAUUACGGACAGCGAGGACAACAUCAUCGUGGCUGAUCAUUGGAGCCAUCGUGUUUCCCUGUUCAGUCGGGACGGCACGUUUAUCAGGCACGUGCUGACACGGGAGGAACACGGACUGAGGGGUCCGUUGGGACUAGCACUGACUCACGACGGACAUUUAGUCGUCUCUCAAUGGCCUUGCAAGACUAUCAUCUUUUUCCACGGAAAAUGAAAGUAAGAUCGGAUACCGAUGGAGGCACAUAUGUAUUACAUCUUGGUUCGUUGGAAUCGAAAUAUCUCGUUGGAAGCAAGGUUUUAUUUUUCUACAAAUCCUCCUUAGUUGCAGAACAUGACUAAGAUGGUUGAGAAUUGCAGGAGUAGCAAUUUCUUUAUAAAAAUUAAUACUCCAAAGCCAGAGCCCAAAUAUCUUCAAUGUAUCAUUAUUUUGUUGUAUUCUAUAUGUGACUUAUAUAUAUAUAUAUGCACAAAUAAACAUAACUAUACAUGAAUGGAUAAUUGGUGAGAUUCUGUUUCAGUAUUACUCACGUAACCCAUAACUUUCAUGUCUUGGAACACAGUGACAAUUGAGUAAAAUGUCAAAUGUCAAAAAAGUGUAAGGGGACCAUAAAAGCUAGCAGUUAUUGUAAACCAGCUUUAUCUCUUUACCAUCUUAUCAAUCAAUGAGAUAUUGCACCUUUACCAUUCUCAAAAACUCCCAACCUAUUCCCCACACUAUUAGUCUCUACAUUAAACUGAUAAGCUUACAAUAAAUAGUCAUUGUAGCAACAGUUUUGACAAGGCUGAGACAAUACAAUGUACAUUAUCAUCUCUAGAGGCAUUUUUUUUAGUAGGCUGGUUAUAUGCUCUAGGUAUAUACUCUCCAGGCAGAGGUGCGGCUCUGGCUAUCUUUGGACACAUUUUUAGGAAUCUUUGCCCGGCCUUCUCUCUUGUAGUCUAUAAUGUUGCCUGGCAUCUGUAGUCCA